AUGGACAGCCCUCGGUGCGGGGGAAUGUUCGCCAAGGCACCUCCGACCGUCCGGGGCCCACCUGUUGACUACAUACAGGAAAGAGCUGUUGAGCUGGAAUCGAGCAGCAGGGAGCAGUUAGAGUUUUCUGGGUGUCUGAGGGGUUCUCAGAAGCUGCUCAGCCAGUUCUGCAGGGAAGCUGUGGACGCCCCACCCCUUCAAGCCCGGGUCGGAUGGGGCUCUAAGCCGCCUGCUCUAAUGGAAGGCGUCCGUGUCCGUGGCAGGGGGUUGGAACUAGACAGAUCGUCUUUAAGAUUCCCUUCCAACUCAAUCCCGCCCGUGCAGCAGCCGCUGCAGAGCGGGGGCCCCAAGCCGGCGGCCUCGGGCAAGCAGGGCAACGUGCUGCCGUUAUGGGGCAACGAAAAGACCAUGAACCUGAACCCCAUGAUCCUCACCAACAUCCUCUCGUCGCCCUACUUCAAGGUGCAGCUCUACGAGCUCAAGACCUACCACGAAGUGGUGGACGAGAUCUAUUUCAAGGUUACGCAUGUUGAACCAUGGGAAAAAGGCAGCAGAAAAACAGCAGGCCAGACAGGGAUGUGUGGAGGGGUGCGUGGUGUUGGAACUGGAGGAAUUGUCUCUACUGCUUUUUGUCUGCUCUACAAAUUAUUUACACUGAAGCUCACUCGUAAGCAAGUGAUGGGCCUUAUCACUCAUACAGACUCCCCAUAUAUUAGGGCUCUUGGAUUUAUGUAUAUUAGGUACACACAGCCACCUACAGAUCUAUGGGACUGGUUUGAAUCCUUUCUUGAUGAUGAGGAGGAUCUGGAUGUGAAGGCAGGUGGGGGUUGCGUUAUGACCAUAGGGGAGAUGCUUCGUUCCUUCCUCACUAAGCUUGAAUGGUUUUCCACGUUGUUUCCAAGAAUUCCUGUGCCAGUCCAGAAAGCUAUUGACCAGCAAAUUAAAAGCAGACCUAGAAAAAUCAAGAAAGAUGGCAAGGAGGGGAUGGAAGAAAUAGACCGGCAUGCAGAGCGUAGACGUUCAAGGUCUCCAAGACCAAGAUCCAUCAGUCCCAGAAGGUCUCCCAGAAGAUCCAGAAGCAGAAGUCACCAUCGGGAAGGCCAUGGAUCAUCUAGUUUUGAUAGAGAACUAGAAAGAGAAAGAGAACGGCAGAGAUUAGAACGCGAAGCAAAGGAGAGAGAAAAAGAAAGGCGGAGAUCUCGAAGCACCGAUCGCUCACUAGAGCGGAGACGAAGCAGAAGCAGGGACAGAUACAGAAGCCGGAGUCGAAGUCGUGACAGGAAAGGAGAUAGAAGAGACAGGGACAGGGAGAGAGAGAAAGAAAAUGAACGGAGUCGGAAAAAAGAGAGAGAUCAUGAUAAGGAAAGAGGUAGUGAGAGGGAAAAAGAUCGAUCUAGAGAAAGGUCAAAAGAAAGGAAAAGUAAGGGUGACACAGAGGAGAGAAGACAUAAGGAUGACAAAGAUGAGAAAAAACAUCGCGAUGACAAGAGGGAUUCCAAAAAAGAGAGAAAGCAUAGUAGAAGUCGAAGCCGGGAAAGAAAGCACAGGAGUAGGAGCCGAAGCAGGAACACAGGUAAGCGCAGCAGAAGCAGGAGCAAAGAAAAAUCAAGUAAACAUAAAAAUGAAAAUAAGGAGAAGUCAAAUAAACGAAGUAGAAGUAGAAGCAGAGGAAGAACAGAUAGUGUUGAGAAGUCCAGGAAACGUGAUCAGAGUCCCAGCAAAGAAAAAUCUAGGAAGCGUAGCAGAAGCAAAGAACGUUCCCACAAACAUGAUCACAGUGAUAGCAAGGACCAUUCUGACAAACAUGAUCGUCGAAGGAGCCAAAGUACAGAACAAGAGAGCCAAGAAAAGCAACAGAAAAACAAAGAUGAGACUGUGUGAAUUCUUUUGGAAGUGGAUCACAUUGAAUCCUAUAAAUGUUUGAUUAAAUCCUGCUUAUUUUUUCUUAAAGUUGAGAUUGUGCAGUAGUUGAUGAGCACUCUUCUCCAACCUCCCUCUAGGCUGCAGAUUGUCAUUUCCUAUUUCGGGUAGGGAAGUGCCUUUGUAAACCCAUUCAAUGCAUUGACGGUUUCAAACCAUUUGUUCAGUUUAAUUUGUAAUGCGGAGAUUGUCCUUGCAUUUUUAUUGUUCAGAUGUUUCUGAAAUGUACAGUCUGUACAUAUGUCCUGAAAAUGUUUUAAUUCCUUUGGCAUGGUUGCCAUGUUGGUUAAAUUUGUAUGAGGCAAUAAACUGCCACUAAUUAUACUUUCUGUUUGUAGACGUGGAAUUAUGGUUUGUAUCCUGAAGUUAGCAUGGCUGUGCUUUCCAUAAUAGUAUGGCUUUUAGGGAUGGAUCUGGAAUGUGUAUUAUAGCUGAGAUAUUUAUGUGCGUACAAUGUACAUUGAGGGCUGCAAAUUUAGAACUAACAUUUAUGUCCACUGUACCUGCUGUUUUGUCCAAAGCUUUUAACAUGUAUUAUGUUGAUCACCAGUGGUGUUAAAUUGAGUGGACUUUCAGAGAUAGUGGUUUUGAUGCAAGGAUUUAGAUUAUGUUGGGGCUUGUUUAGUAAUUCUGUAGAAAGGCUACCUCAAGCGGACACUGUAAAGGUUGACGGAUGAGUACCGUAGCCGUCUAUGCGUUUUAUUCGUUUGAAGAAAAUCCAUGUAAGCUUCCUUUUUUUUUUUUUUUCUUUUAACACAGUUUAUGCAUUUGUGGUCUUUUAAUGUUUUUAAGCAGCUGCACUCUGUCAUUUAUGAUAAUCCUGGGCUAAUAAAGGCAUUUAAGAUGGGAAGAGGGAGGUAGGAAGAAGAAAAAUAUUACAAAGGAUUUCAGUUUCAAGCUUCCAAAGCAUUUUUAUAAGUGUAAACAUUUAAAAUAAGAAUUAACUGAUAGUGUCCUUUUUUAAUUCAUAUUUUCUACAAAUAGUAAAGAUCACAGUUUGUGUUGAACAUUUCAUCUGGCAGAUUUUUUUUUUUAAAACAGGUUGUUAGAAGCAAAAACCAAAAUGCAUUAUAGGAAAAAGAUCAUAUCAUUAAAGUCCAAGUCUAUUUCAUAGAUUAUUCUGAUGACUUGUAUACUUAGUGAGGAGAACCAUCUGGAAUAAACUCUCAAUUAAUUCCUUUGUAUUGAGUGUCAGCUUUUCCCUGCACGUUCAUUGCCAGUUAAAGAGUACUUCAGUUCCUCCACAUUUUAUUUUCAGAUCAAGUGACACUGUAUGAAUAAGGGGUUUUAUGUAAUAAGUAACUUACAACAAAGAUGUAGCAAAUAAAAGAAAUGCUGCAGCCCCAAGAUAGGAAGAAUAUGAAGUGGGAAUCAAUCAUGAAGUAACCUGAGGGUAGAAAUCAAAUAGUUGUGCCUUUUGCUUCUGUGUGAUGCAGGUCAUCUAGGUAUAUUUAAUUUUAAACAUCCAGGGAAAACAGUGUUUUGACUUCCCACAGUAUACUUAAUUCCAUACUAUUCCAAGAAGCGAACUUUUUCUUCCUCCCAG